AUGCCACCCAUGCGCAAUCAGAAUCGCCAAAAGUUAGCACAGCAGGAGGGUCCCCUAUUAUUAGCUAUUAGAGCUAUAGAAAAGGGCGAAAUAAAGUCAAUUCGUGAGGCUGCGCGCAUCUUUAAUGUCCCCCGCUCCACUCUCCGCGGACGCGUCAACGGCCAGACGUUUCGCCCUGAUACGCGCGCAAAUAACCAUAUAUUGACCGUACAAGAGGAGGAAUCCCUUGUCAAGUGGAUAUUUGACCUUGACUAUCGCGGGCAGGCCCCUCAGCAAUGUAUGGUGCGAGAAAUGGCCGAUAUACUGCUCGCCGAGCGCGUAUCGAAGGCAUCAUCAAAGCGACCAGCGCAAGUCGGCAAAAAUUGGGUAACCGGCUUCGUUCGACGCCAACCAAAGCUCCAAAGCCGCUUUUCACGCAAAUAUAACUACCAGCGAGCCCAAAACGAAGAUCCAGAGGUUAUUCGAGCGUGGUUUGACAAGGUCCACCAGACGAUUUGCCGGUACGGCAUCACCGACGCCGAUAUCUACAAUUUUGAUGAGACUGGCUUCGCGAUAGGCGUUACAGCGACUAGUAAAGUCGUCACUCGGUCGGAAUACUACGGCAAGCGAGCCGUUGCAGAGCCAGGGAACCGCGAGUGGGUGACGGCGAUCGAAUGUAUUGGCUCCGGAUUCGCGCUUGAUCCAUAUAUCAUCUUUAAAGGCCGUGUUUUCAUCCAAGGAUGGUUCGAAUACCUUCCGAAGGGCUGGCGGCUUGACAAAAGUGAAAAUGGAUGGACUACAAACGAGAUUGGGCUACGUUGGCUAUCGGAAUCGUUCAUUCCGCAGACAAAAAGCCGUCGUCAAGGUCGGUGGCUACUUUUGAUACUAGACGGCCAUAGUAGCCAUUUGACACCCCGAUUCCAUAAAUUAUGCGCGGAAAAUGAUAUCAUUGCAAUCUGUAUGCCUGCACAUUCGUCUCAUAUACUACAGCCGCUUGAUAUUGGCUGUUUUGCGCCGCUGAAGCGAUCGUACGGUCGGAUCGUUGAUCGAUGGAUGCGCGCGGGUGUUGAUUUUGUCGACAAGCUUGAAUUCCUAUCAAACUAUCCCGAAGCCCGAUCGGAUGCAUUCACCUUUGAAACCAUCCAGAAUAGCUUUAGGGCAGCUGGUUUACUACCAUAUAACCCUACCGAGUCCCAGUACUCCUUCUACGCCGAUUCAGAUCUAGGUCUGAAUCCCGACAUACUUCAUUCCGAUGACAUAUCCGCUCUUAUUAGCAGCCAGACUGUAUUGACAUCUGUGUCGCAAGUUUCAUCUCUAACUGCACCUCUCUCGCUUCCUCGUGUUGGCCCCCCUCUUCAGCAGUACUGGGUCCUCUAUUCCUCUAAGCCUAGUCGGGAGAUGGAUGAAUCCCGGAAGAGCUUUGUAACUUGGUGGCUAAACACAGAGUUUGGAUCAAAGCCAGAUAUACAAGACUCUAUCCGUUGGGAUGGAAAAAAGACGUCUAAUAUAUGGGAUAACUUCAAUCAAGUUGCACAUGAAAAGACUGGCAAGCCAAAAGUUAUGUGUACAACAUGUCUCUGUACCCUUGUUCAUCCAAGAUUCCGCCGUGCUGGUUCAUCGCCAAUGAAUGCACAUAUCAAGGCAGGCUCCUGUACUCGGAAGCCUGUCCAGAAGAUUGAUCAGAUGCUCAAACAAAUGCCGACUUUCCCACAAAACCCAUCCUUCUCCCAGGAGCGUCUAGCAAAAGCGAUACUAGACUUUAUCUCUACCGCUCACCUACCUUUCCGAAUCAUUGAGCAUACCCAAUUCAAGGAUCUAGUAGAGGUUAUCCAACAAGCCCCGAGCAAGGUCAAUAUCCCAUCUGCGCGAAGUAUGCGGCGUUAUCUCGACUCCACAGUCAAAAGCAGCCAAAAAGAGAUUCUUAGAAGGCUUCCAGAUAGGAGUCGCCUUUCAAUAGCCCUUGAUUGCUGGACGUCGCCAUUCCAGCAAGCAUUUAUGGCUGUCACAGGUUAUUUCCUUGAUCAAGAUUGGAAUUACUGUGAAGUUCUUCUUGGAUUUGAGCAUCUUCACGGAUCACAUACGGGUGAGAAUCUAAGUAAGACCGUGAUUCAGCUUCUGACUGAUCAUGAAAUCACCGACCGCGUAUUAUCCGUGACCACAGAUAAUGCAACUAAUAAUAACACCCUGAUGAUGAAUAUCCAAGAGACAAUUCAGUCACAAAGCCGAUCGGAUACGUUGAUCUUCCGAGUUCCAUGUAUUGCGCAUGUGAUCCAGUUAAGCUUGAAUGAGCUUCUUGGGAAGCUGAAAGUGACGCCACCGAAUAAAGAGAUUGAGCUGGAGUGGUCUGAUGAACGAACCCAUUCAUUUCAGACUAAACAAUCUAGCUCAACUAGACAAAUUGCGGAUACUCUAAAAAAGUCUAAGAUCCGAGGUCUUGCUGUGUUUAUUAAUGCAAGCCCACAACGCCGGGAGGCAUUUAUGGCCCUGCAAACUAAGGAGCCUCGUUUGAUCCCUAUCCAAGAUGUCCAAACCCGAUGGAACUCAACCUUUAUGAUGCUUAACCGUGCUAAAAGGCUACAACCAUUUUAUGAUCAGUAUUGUACACAUCAUCAAUAUCUCCACUUCAAACUUGAUCAAGAAGAGUGGCGACAGAUUGAAUAUCUUCUUCUUCUUACCAAGCCUUUCUUUGACUUCACUACUAUGCUAUCAAAGACUAGGGAUGUUACUACACAUAACAUCUAUAGUAUUUAUAACAAGCUUUUCUCUCACCUUGAUGAAGCUGAGAGAAAAUUGAAGAAUAAAGGGGUUAUCUGGAAGAAGAGUAUGCUCCAGGCUCUUCAGACUGCAAAGAAGAAGCUAUCAAAGUAUUACACUGCUACUGAUCAUGAAUCGUACGGUGAAAUAUAUGCACUUGCAACGAUCCUUUGCCCAUCAAAAAAGCUUCGAUAUUUUGCAUCAACAGACUGGCAAGGUGAAAUUGACUACGUCAAACACUACCAUGGAGUCCUUAAGCGAGAGUUUCAUCGAUAUAAAGAUAUGCUUCAUCAUGAUUCAGAUACUAUGGUCGUGCAAGAUGCCACUGGAGAGGCCCGAGAUGACGACUAUUAUGAUCUUGAUACCGCUUGCGCUUCUCAGAACCAGCCACAGGAUAAGCUCUCAAAGCCUGAAGAUGAUGAGAUUGCGAGGUAUCUUGCCCGCGGGAUUGAGAGACAAAAGCCCCGAGCAUUCUGGAAAGAGCAUGAGAACGAGUUUCCUAUUCUUGCAAGAAUGGCACGGGAUAUUCUUUCUAUCCCAGCUAGUGGUGCAGGCGUUGAGCGAUUAUUCAAUUGCGCUCGCGAUAUCUGCCACUAUCGUCGUGGCCAAUUGAAACCAAGUACGAUCCGAGGAUUGAUGCUUCAUCAGCUCGCCACUAAAUUUGAAGUUGAGCAGAAGGAGUUUGAGGUUAUAAAGGAGCAUCUUUCCGCCGGAGAAGCUGUAUUGUUAGAUCAAGCUCGGAAACCAAUACCCCAGCUUGAAACUGUCGAGCCUAUUAGUGAUAAUGAAGAGGAGGAACAAGAGCUAGGCAUUGAGGAUACACAACGGAUAGAAAGCUACGAUGAGAACUCAGAAGACGGGAAGACUGAUAAUCGAAGUAAGCAACUACAGCUUAAACGAUCAAGGAAACGAUUAUCCGAGGCUUCCGAUGACGAUGACGAUGGCCUUCCAGAAAUGCUAAUAGAUGAGGGCAUACAAGGACGGUCGGGGCGGAUUCGGAAGCAACCAAGAUUACCUGAUGGAUUUCAGUUUGAUCUCAGAUAG